UUAAUGAUCUAUGCAUUAAUGUGGCUCUCGUUGGCCAUGACAAUGGAGGCCAUAGACGGCGAUGCCCCAGUGCCUCUGUCGCUGGCGGAGUUCCCUAUCCUGCCGCUGGAACAUGGCAAACCCCAUUACCAAGAGGAGGAGACGGGAUUAGCGGGAUAUACGCAAAAUUAUUAUGGUCCCACUGACACUGCAACGGCCGAUGACUUGGCAACAUAUGGAAAUUAUGCUCACAAGCUUCUGGCCGCCACCCACAGCCACGCCCACCACAUUCCACAUCCCAUAGCAGCCACCUCGACCUCAUCCCUUGACAGCACGGCCAAUGGCUUUGUGCCCUUCCACUACAGCGCCAAACUGCACUCGCAAUUCACCGAGGAUGAGGAGCCGCGUCGCGACCCAUCGGCCCAUAUCGAUUUUGUCAUUAAUGCGGCAAAUUAUGAGCCAAAUUCCGCUGGCUUUGAGGAGGUGUCCCGGCACAGGGAGCCUUUCGAAAGCCAUGCAUAUCGAGUGCCGCGGCUGCCGUUUCCCACGUCGCCACCCGGUCAUUACCAUUUCGAACAAAUUUCCAAUUAUCGCGAGAACCGGCAGCAGGAGGAGCGGCAGGAGCAGCAGGAUGAUUCCAGUGUCUAUGCACGGACCAAAGAGCUCCAAGCAUUGGCUAACCCAGUGAAACGGCAGCUGCAGCGGGAGGAGUCCCCACCGACUCACCAUCAAAAUCAGGAUCUAAAGGAUAGGCAUCAGCACCAGCAAUUGGAGCAAUAUCAGCCACUGGAGGGGAGACAGCUGCAACAUCAGCAACAACACAUUCAGCUACAUCAGCAACAGAAGCUCCAAAAUUCCCAGGAUCAACGGCAGCAACAGCGAUUGGGAGUGUCUCAGGAUCAGCAACUGUUGUACUCCCACAAGGACAUCCACCAGGCCGAUUUGCCUGCCGUAACCACCAGUGUUCGUUAUACGCCAGAGAGCAGCAAGGCCAUUGCGGGAUUGCCGCUGGCCAAGCACAUCGAGAUCACCAAGAAUGUGCCAGUGACUCACUACCAGAAACAGCAUGUUCCCUACAAGCAGACCAUCCAGGUGCAAGUGCCCCGCACCGUGAUCGCUGCCAUACCCAAACCGUUGCCCAUUAAAAUACCCGUGGCUCAAACAGUGGCAGUUCCUCAGUUGCAGGAGGUGAAGAUUCCCAUCGAACGGGUGAAACCGGUGCCCGUGGAGCAACCCAUUCCCUUUGUGGUUGAGCGAAGGGUGCCCUAUCGAGUGGAGAAGCCGGUUGUCUCGCCAGUUUACUAUCCGUAUCCGGUCAAAGUGCCCGUGGUGCGCACGGUGGUGCACAAGCAGCGACCCCACCCCCACUAUGUGCACCCGGCACCCGGAUGGAGUGCCACCGGCAAUCAUCUGCUGGGCUGA